GCAUCUAUGGUAUUAAAGGAGCAAUUGUCUACAAUAGUGUAACAAAUGGUCUUAAUUGUAGAUAGUAGAAAUGUAGUGACUGAUUUGGAUAUUUGGCUAACGGGUACAUAAUACUGUCUGUAACGGCCUGAACGGCUAUCUCGGUUAAUACAACAAAUUUUCCCUCUCUCACUUCCUUCUCUCUCUAUCUUCCUUCUUCUACUUUCCUCUUCUCUUACACCAGCAAAGACUCUCACGACCCAGGACAUCACAAAUUGGUAUCAGAGCUAGUCUUGGCCAUGGUGACUACCGUUCGACAGCUCGACGAUCGCCUUAACUCAUUCUCUUCUCGCACGCUGGAGGUGGAAAAUGUCGUCACUGCUCAGAUUGCUACUUUGGAGGAUCAGAAUCGCCCGCAGUCGAAUCAGCUCACCGAGCUAAUGGCUCGCUCUGAGGGGCAUUCUCAGCAGUUCGCGACGCUUACUACUCGUUUGGACAGAAUGGAGGACCCCGCAGCAACUCGGUUCGCUCAAUUCGAUCAGCUUCAACAGAACGUUCAAGAGAUCCUUCGUAGGUUAGAAGUGGUCCAGCAGCGACCGGAGGUUCUCGUCGCCGGCGAUGGAAAUCCGCAAUUGGUUUGUCAAGAGGACAGGGGAUUACUGUCGUUGCCGAAUCACCACUUUCGUCUAGCAGAGCCGCAGAUUCAGAUGCAUCGAGGUCCUCCGCCUCAGGUUCGCGAGGUAGAGUAAGAACAGAUUCCUGUUCCACCGCGAGGUAACGCUCCGAAUCAAUUACCGCGAUUGGACUUUCCUAUGUUUGGGGGUGAUAAUCUGCGUGAUUGGACUCGCAAAGGCGAGAAAUUGUUUGAAAUUUACCAAAUUCCCAAUGAUUAGAAGGUAAGGAUGGCGUCGAUUUACUUCGAAAGACGCCCAGAUAUAUGGUUCGAGGGCUGGAAAUUCGAUAGGCCGAAUUGGAUCUGAGAGGACUUUGUAGCAGAUCUAUGUCAUUGGUUUGGAGAUCGGGAAUAUGGGGGUAUCGUAGGUGAAUUCAAUUAACUGAGGCAGCGUGGUUCGUUAGUGGAGUAUCAGGAGAAGUUCGAAGAGCUUAAAUCACAGAUGGUGAGGUACAAUCCAGCUUUGGGGAAGCAGUACUUCAUUUCAAGCUUUGUGAGUGGGUUAGAAGAAGAACUCCGACCGGUGAUUAAAAUGUGGCAACCUCAGACUAUGGCUCAUGCUUUUCAGUUAGCACAGCUGGAGGGGGCCUCUAAUGAAGCAAGGAGGAAGAAGUGGCGGAUGGGUUCUGGAAGUAUCACCAGACCACCUCUUCCAACGGCACUGACAGGACAGACUCAAGGAGUUCGUAGAUGGGAGAGUUUGGGGGGGCGUUCUGGUAGCAAUAACAAUGGGACUAAGGCUCCUCAGUCUGCCACCAAUGGUCCUAAACCUAACUUUGCCAAGGGGGGCUUGUUAUAAAUGUGGCGACAAGUAUUAUUUCGGGCAUGUGUGUGAUACUAGAAGGCAAUUGAAUGUACUACAGGCUGAAGAUGAGGAGGUAUUAGCUCCUGAAGAUUGGAGUGUGAUGGAUGAGGAAGACAUGGGUGAUCUGAUAGAAGAACCUCAACAACCAGAAGUGGUAGAAGUUUCUAUGCAGGCUUUAAGUAGUGGUGGUUUAUCGAAUUCAUUGAUUGUGCGUGGUAAAGUCAAGAAGGAGAAGGUCUUUGUAUUGAUUGAUACAGGUAGUACACAUACCUUUCUAAGUGAAAGGAAGACUGUUGAGUUAAAAUGUAAAAUGGUUCAAGCUACUACUCCACUGAGAUUGAAGUUAGCAGAUGGGACAGUCUUGUUUAGCAACAUGGUGUGUAAGGAUUUUUGUUGGGAAAUGCAGGACCAGCAAUUUGUGUUUGACAUGCGUAUUUUGAGUCUGUGUUACUGGGUACGAAUGAUGUGGUGUUGGGAUUGGAUUGGCUAAAGACUAUCAGUCCGGUCAAGUUUGAUUUCAUUAAUCUGCAUAUGUGACUGGAAAGGGCAAGAAGUGGUGUUACAGGGCAUGGAGGAUAUAGCUCAAUGCAAGGCAAUGUCAGGCAAGAGUCUUCAGAGGCUAUUGAGGAAGACCAAAGACACAUUGGUGGGUCAUCUAUUCAGUAUAUCUGUGGAAACGGCCAACCCAGGUAAGGUUCCUGUUUUCCUGGAACCAGUAGUAAGUGAGUUUUAAGAUGUGUUUGGUAAACCGAAAGGAUUACCACCUGUGAGAUCAUGUGACCACACCAUUCCACUUCAACCAAAUGCCCAGCCUGUGAACCUAAGGCCCUAUCGAUAUUCUAUACCUUAGAAGAAUGAAAUGGACAGGUUAGUGAAGGAGAUGAUGGAAGCUCAAUAUAUACAGACCACUCGCAAUCCGUUUGCUUCUCCAGUGUUGUUAGUCUUAAAGAAAGAUGAUUCGUGGAGAUUUUGUGUGGAUUACAGGCAGUUAAAUGCAUUGACUAUCAAGGAUAAGUUCCCCAUUCCCGUGAUUGAUGAUUUACUAGAUGAUUUGUGCGGGUCUAAGUACUUCACGAAGCUUGACUUGUUGUCUGGUUAUCGCCAGAUAAGGAUGCACCCUCCUGAUCAGCACAAGACUGCUUUCAGGACACAUCAAGGGCACUAUGAAUUCAGGGUGAUGCCCUUUGGAUUGACAAAUGCACCAGCCACAUUCCAGGCUUUAAUGAACCAAAUUUUUGCUC